UAAAACACUAACGGAUGACUCUGCUUUCAGGUAAUGAUGUCAUGUGCGAUUUCGAAGAAGAUCUUGCGGAUUGUUUCAUGAGCAACUCUCGUGAGGACACGACAGACUUCGUGCGUGCUGACCAAUGCCUCGGAUCAACCAGUCCAUGCUAUGACCACACAUCUGGAUAUGGAUAUUAUCUCAUAUUCCGACCCCAAGUUCGGAAUUCAUACGACAGAGGUACCCUUGUGGGUCCAUGGCUGAAGUUUGACAGUCGCGAGAUAUGCAUUGGAGGAUAUUUCCAUGGAGCUGGGUCAUGCAGUGCCCAUCUCAUCAUCCAAUCCUUCAGUUCAAGCGAUACCGAUUACCAUGUGUCCAUUCCACUCACCAAGGCUUGGGGUAAAGAACAGCUUUCAUUCAAGACGAAAGGAGCGACCUUCAGGGUACUUAUCGUUGCGGAGGUGCAAAAUGAUAGUUCUGCUUCCGUGUCUGUAGAUGACCUCUACAUUCGAUCAGGCAGCUGUGACGGAGGAUCAGGAUCAGGAUCAGGAUUUUGAUCUGGUGCUGGCCGGGAUUGAUGGCGAUCGAAAAACUUGAACACGAUUCACGAGAAUGCACAAUCUAUAAGACAAUGGGUGAUAUGAAUAAAGACUAGCAAUUACUUCAAUUUUGUACAGAACGACCUAGUGUAAUUGUACGUGGAGUUUUAGAAAAAAGCAUUUGCUAGCCUUUAUUCAUAUCACCCAUUGACUUAAAGCACUCGUCUGAUAAUGCACACUUUUUGUAUACAUCUACCGGGCGGUAGUCAAAAACGAGAUGGUGUGGACGAACUAGCC